CAAAAGCAUAGCAUUGUUCAUGUGUGUCAGUGUGUGAGAGAGAGAAAGAGUUAAAACCUAAAAGGCUCCAAAAGGUUCCUCUCCUCAAACAACCAAGCUCAUUUCCAUGGUCUCUCUCUAAAAUCAAACCUCCAUUGUUUUCAUCGAUGGCCUCCUCAAUAUCUGGACUAUGCUCCUCAUCAUCGUCCACUUUGAUCCGAAAGCCACACUUAGCACCACCACUACCACCACCGAAAUCACACCUCGCUGAGACCUUGAAACCUUCAUUUUCAGGUAAAAGCAGACACAUUUUGACGCAUGCGGUGGCGCGUGAUGCUCCAGUGGAGAAGAAAGGAGGGCUAGAAAGAGACCCGAAAGCUCUGUGGGAGAGGUACACCGAGUGGCUGUACCAGCAUAAGGAGUUAGGGUUGUAUUUGGAUGUCAGUCGGAUGGGCUUCACUGAUGAAUUCGUGAAGGAGAUGGAGCCUAGGUUUAUCAAGGCCUUCAAGGCCAUGGAGGACCUGGAAAAGGGGGCCAUUUCGAAUCCGGAUGAAGGGAGAAUGGUGGGCCAUUAUUGGCUUAGAAACCCCAAGUUGUCGCCUAAUUCCUUUCUGAGGUUGCAGAUUGAGAAUACACUUGAAGCUAUUUGUGCCUUUUCUCAAGACAUCAUAGCUGCUAAGAUAAAACCACCUUCUUCUCCGGAUGGGCGUUUCACACAAAUACUCUCAGUUGGAAUUGGAGGUUCGGCUCUUGGACCACAGUUUGUUGCAGAGGCUUUAGCCCCUGAUAAUCCUCCUCUUAAGAUAAGGUUCAUCGACAAUACAGAUCCAGCAGGAAUUGAUCAUCAAAUUGCUCAACUUGGCCCGGAGUUAGCAUCCACACUUGUAAUAGUGAUUUCAAAGAGUGGAGGCACUCCAGAAACGAGGAACGGUUUGUUGGAAGUACAAAAGGCAUUUCGUGAAGCUGGGCUCAAUUUUGCAAAACAGGGUGUUGCGAUUACACAAGAAAAUUCAUUAUUAGACAACACUGCAAGGAUCGAGGGGUGGUUAGCUAGAUUUCCCAUGUUCGAUUGGGUUGGUGGAAGAACAUCCGAAAUGUCUGCUGUUGGUCUACUGGCUGCAGCACUUCAGGGAAUUGACAUCAAAGAAAUGCUUGCUGGUGCGUCACUCAUGGACGAGGCAACCAGGACUCCAGUGGUGAAAAACAACCCUGCAGCAUUGCUGGCAUUGUGCUGGUACUGGGCUUCUGGUGGUGUAGGAUCCAAGGAUAUGGUGGUACUUCCGUACAAGGACAGCCUUUUGUUAUUUAGCAGAUAUCUGCAGCAGUUGGUCAUGGAGUCCCUUGGCAAGGAAUUUGACCUUGACGGUAACAGGGUAAAUCAAGGGCUUACUGUCUAUGGAAAUAAAGGGAGCACGGAUCAGCAUGCGUACAUUCAGCAACUGAGAGAGGGUGUGCACAAUUUCUUUGCGACAUUCAUAGAAGUACUACGGGAUAGACCCCCUGGUCACGAUUGGGAGCUGGAACCAGGUGUCACUUGCGGUGACUACCUGUUUGGAAUGUUACAGGGAACGCGGUCUGCACUGUAUGCAAAUGGGAGGGAGUCUGUUACAGUCACAGUGCAAGAAGUCAAUCCUCGAUCCGUUGGGGCUCUAAUUGCUCUUUAUGAACGUGCUGUUGGUAUUUAUGCAUCACUUGUCAAUGUCAAUGCUUACCAUCAGCCUGGAGUUGAAGCCGGGAAGAAAGCAGCUGGAGAAGUCUUAGCUCUACAGAAGCGGGUUCUUGCUGUUCUCAAUGAAGCCAGUUGUAAGGACCCUGUAGAACCAUUAUCAAUCGAAGAAGUAGCUGACCGCUGCCAUGCUCCUGAAGAUAUUGAAAUGAUCUACAAGAUAAUUGCACACAUGGCUGCCAACGAUCGAGCUAUCAUUGCUGAAGGGGACUGUGGUUCACCUAGAAGUGUCAAAGUUUUUCUUGGCGAGUGUAAUGUUGAUGCGCUGUACGCGUAAGGGUGCUCUUGGGAGGUGUGUUGGGACGAUACUUUUAGUUAUAUUUGAGGAUAAAUUGUGAUCUCAAAUAAAAUAAGAAUGUUCAUUCAAAUUUGAGGAAUAACACAUAUUUUGACAAUACUAAUGACUAUGGUUUUGUUUGUUUGCUGCCUCUUGACAAAUCAUAGAAUGAUGUAGUCACUUUGGACA